AUGUGGACAAAUUUUACGAAGCUGUUUCCGGGAAAGGUACUAAAGGAUCAAAUGUGGAAAUGUGCAAAGUCAACUACACUUCCUUACUUUGCAAAGGAAAUGGAGGAGAUGAAGGCUUUGGAUAAUGAAGCGCACAAAUGGAUGGCACAUAAGGAUAGGCCUCCACAGCAUUGGUGUAGAGCACACUUCGAGACUUGGUCGAAGUGUGACAUUAUGAUCAACAACUUAUGUGAAAGCUUCAACUCGUUCAUUUUUGAUGCUAGAGCAAAACCACCAGUGAGUAUGUUCGAGGAAAUGAGAGUGAAGCUAAUGAAGAGAAACCAAAUCAGAAAGGAUAAGAUGCAAGCAAUGGUGGGAAAUCUGUGCCCCAAGCCUAGAAAAGUACUAGAAAAGAACAAAAUGAAGGCUGCUUCAGAUUGCAUUUCUAUCGGGAAUGGUGGUGACCAAGUGGAGGUGGAGACUUUUGAAGGAACAAAGAAUGUGGUCAACCUUACGGCAAGGACCUGCACAUGCCGAAUGUGGGACUUAAGUGGUGUUCCAUGCAAGCACGCGGUCUCAGCAAUAUACCACAACAGGGCAGAUCCGGAAAACUUUGUUGCAGAUUGCUACUUAAAAAAGACGUACCUUAACAUUUACAGCAAUUUGAUCAAGCCGGUUAACGGAAUGGAGAUGUGGACUAGGAGUGAAGAACCACCAAUUCUGCCUCCACAACAUGUCACCGACAUCUUCCACCAAAAGAUAAGCAAGCUGCAAAUGUGA